UGACAUUGCUGCAGCAGAACGGUUUUCCUGUCAGUUUUCAGUUCAACUGUACACCCACCGAAAGCCCUCACAGACAAACACACCGUGUGAUUAAUAAUACACCAUCAUGGUAGGCUACUGUCCAAUCUGUGGGAAGCCUGUCUACUUCGCUGAGAAGAAGCGAUCCUUAGGGAGAGACUACCACCCUCUGUGUCUGAAGUGUCAGAAAUGCAACAGACAGCUCACAGCUGGACAACAUGCUGAGCAUGAUGAGAAGCCGUACUGCUCGUAUUGCUAUCUGAAGACGUUUGGCCCGAAAGGUAACAGGUGACUGAUGCCACCACGCCACUGAGCAUCCCCCUCCACAGAGACAGCACCGAGCCAGAAUGGACAAACGCUGAGAUGCAAAAGAUGCCAGUUUUUUUUUUUUAAGGCGUGAAUAUAAGGGAUGAAUAAAUUUGAAUGUUUAACAGAAGUUCAACAUGAACUGUCAAGGAAAGAAACCCUAGAAUUAUUGUCCUUCUCAAUUGUUGCUUUGAGGAAAUUCAAAUCAGUGUCAAUGAAAUGUGCAUUAAAAACAUUUUG